ACUGUCACUCACUUGUCAAAAAGGCGCACGUGUCUUUGACUCUUGAUUGAAAAACCCCAACUUCACACUUUUACGAGCCCUAAUUUCUCUCAUCGUCAACUAUUCAACUCGAUCGAUCAAUCAAUCAAUCGAUCCCUUUAGAUCGAAUUCAACCUCAGUGAAAUUCAACUCACCAAUUCGAUUGUUCAGAAAUCAAUACUUAGCAUUCUCAUCCGUACUUAAUGAAGUCAAAAGCGAAAAGUUAGGGUUCCUUUUUUUGGAAUGUUGGGUGGAUCUUCGGUGAUGUUGGCUGUGACUUGUUUUGGACAUUAUCAUCCAACAAAAAAUGCCAGCAGUUCGGCAUUGUUCCAGAAUUGACACUUUUGAGCUGAAACUUCACAUGGAAAGAAGACUCGGAUCACAAAAAGCUCAAAAGUAUUUCAAUCUUCUCACCAGAUACUUAAGUCAAAAGCUCAGAAAACCAGAAUUCGACAAGCUUUGUAUCAGUUUAAUAGGUAGAGAAAACCUUCGCCUCCACAAUGAACUCAUCAAAUCACUUCUCAAAAACGCAACUCUUUCCAAAACACCUCCAAAGAAAGUCAACCCCAACAACACUCUUAGUCAACCUUCUUCACGAUUUGCUAAUGAAAGAAAGGUUAAAGAUCACCUCCAAAGUCAACAACAAAGUGCUACAGAGCUUUUUUCUUUAGGUAGCAAACCACCUGUUGAAGUAAACUCAGUUGAAGAUGGUGAAGAAGUUGAACAGAUUUCAAUAAGUCCUGGAAUCCAUAGUAGAAGCCCUGUUAAAGCUCCAUUUGGAAUCAAAUUCCACUCAAAAGAAUCAAAAAAAUUUCUUUCCAUUUCUUCACCUUUUCACACUUGUCAUUACAACUCUCAAUUACCUCCUACAUCUUCUUUAUCUACCAGAUUGAAACACAAAUUGAAAACAGAAGGUCUUGAUAUUACAAUGGAUUGUGUCAACUUAGUCAACAACGGGUUAGAUUCUUUCUUGAAAAGAGUUAUAAAGCCAUGUUUGGAGUUAGCUAGAUCAAGAUCUUUAAAGAAUCAAGAAAGAUUGUUUCCAUUUUCAUCAUCCAUGGUGGAUCUUCGUGUUGUGACAGAGUCAAAUCCCAAGAUUCUUGGAGAAGAUUGGGGGAUUGAACUUGAGAAGAUUUGCUUGUUUGAAAGCAGAUAAAAAAAAAAAAAAACCUCGAUUCUGUUGUAUAUACAAAUGGGGGAAAGCUAACUGGUGAUCUUCUUCAACUGGUAUUUAUAUCUUACUCUACUCUUUUUUUUUUUUUUUUUUUUUUUUUUUUUUUUUUUUUUUUACUUUUUUUUAUUGAUAGUUUGUUGAUAAAUGUUAUAUUCUUGAAUCUUGAGUUGAUAGAGGUAUUAAUUAUAAUUGAGUCAUUAGUUGUUUACAAAAUAACAUCUUUUUUCCCAUUUUUGAGAUGGUUUAAUUUGUUGUUUAUUAUAAUUUAUUACUACUCCUUUUUUCUUUUAA